AUGAAUUCUCCCAACAAAUUCUCGAGACCUUUUGCUAUUCUCGUUGUAAUAUUAUUCACAACUUUAGCAAUUUCUGAACCAAUUCCGCCCUUUAUUCAUGUUCCAGCUCCAGGUCCAGGUCCUUGGGCUGUUAAAUCUAUACAAAAUAUCAGUUGGUGGUGUAUUGCUUGUAAACCAAAAGAUAAUGUAGAAAUCGUCAUUAUAAGAAACGGUUGUACUGUGGUAUUCCAAACAACUGGUAAAAACGCUAAUUCUGGCACGAAAUACUUUAAAAUUGACCCAAUAUGGGCUAUUCCAGGGAAUCAAUUCGUUGUUUGGGUAACAGUUCAAAGUGAUCAAACUGUUACUGGAAGUAGUACACCAUUUACCGUUUUUCUAACUAAAGAAUGUAAUUAA